GCAUCACAAAAAGCCACAACGCUGAGCAUUUCGCCACACAUGAAGCUGUGCCGCCACAUUCUCCAGUAGGUACGCACAUUUUGGCCAUUCAAUUUGCGUUUUUUUUUUGCGACCAAGUCACCACCAAAUACCAGUUACUCGCGCACCAUAGACGCGCGUAGACAACAUACUAUCGUCGCACGAUUGUCGCACUUGAGAUUAGUGGUAAACUAAAUAAAAUACCAGUUGAAAUUAAGAAACUAAAAUUAAAGUUAUCGCUUGUGACUUGGCGAUUAAAGCGAUUUGAGGAUUAAAACGGCAACAGACCGAGUGUUUAAUGGUCAGUGUAAAUUGGCAAAGACGACGGACGGUACACAGCUAAUUACAAGCGGAAUUGCGCAAAAUAUGUGAGAAAUAGCAAGAGUAAGAGUUUUUAUUUGCAAAUUUCCAACACUAAAGACAAGCAAACAAACAUUCAUUUGUUUUAAAAAGCCGUGAAAAAAGUGCAGUGUGAAAAAAGAAGUGAGAAAGAGUGAAGAGUUUAAAGGCGUGCGAAAGCGUUUUUUGAGCAGAGGAAAACAGAGCGAAGGCGACGUAGAGGUUGUGGAGCAACAGUAAACAAUUAAAAUCAAUUAUCGUUACUUCAUUCGACUACCAUAAAUACAACAAAUUCACCUACAAAAUGGUGAAAGCUGACAGCAUACAGUAUGAUGAUAAUCAAAUACCCUAUAUCGAUUUGGGUACAGCGAUUAUACGUAUGGAAAAAGAAGAAGCACCUGAAUGGGCUUUAGAGAAAGCUCGCGAAGAAUUACGUGAGUUGCCGGAAAUAAUGGAACCGGCGAUUAAAAAGCUGCGCGAAUUAAUUGAAGAGGAAAAACACUUAAAGCUGCCUUUGGAUGAUGAAUAUAUGAAAAUGUUCCUGCGCCCAUGCCAUUACUAUCCAGAGUCGGCGAUGAAGAGGCUCAAGAACUUCUAUCACAUGAAAGCGAAAUAUGGCGCACCCUGUGAGAAUAUUGUGCCCAGCAAGCUGCGUAAUGUUUUUGAAGAGGAUAUCGUGGCACUCUUUCCCAACAGAGAUCAACAUGGGCGACGUAUACUCGCGCUUGAAGCAGGAAAGAAAUGGAAACCUUCACGUGCACCUCUCAUCGAUCUGUUCCGCACCAUACAAUUGACAGUCUUGGGCUCCAUGGCCGAACCAUUGUCACAAAUCUGUGGCGCCAUAGUCAUUAUCGAUAUGGAGGGUCUACCCAUGAGUCAUAUUAUGCAGUUUACACCAUCUUUUGCCGCCAUGCUGUUGGACUAUGUGCAAGAAUGCAUUUGUAUGCGUCUCAAGGCGGUGCAUAUUGUGAAUAAUUCUUAUAUAUUCAAUAUGUUGUUUGCCAUCUUCAAGCCGUUCAUACGCGAGAAGCUGAGGAAACGGAUUUUCUUCCAUGGCAAAGACUGGAAGUCGCUGACGUCGCAUAUCGAUAAGGAUGCACUGCCUGUGAAAUACGGCGGCACUGGCACUUGGGAACUGCCAUCCGGCAAGCUAUUGGGCGAGUUCUUCGAAUGCUACUCAGCUGAUUACGAAUUGGCGGAUACUUAUGGAUUUACGGAGGGCUAUCAAAAGAAGAAAUAGUGCAAUGCGGUGUUGCAAUUUUUUUCUACAAUUUCAUAUAAACAAAAUUUAUUUAAAGAUUUUUGGUAUUAUAGUUUUUUGAUAAAAUGUAGUAAUUUGUAUUUAUAUGACUUAAUAGACCUGUUUUUUCUAUGUGUAGAUUGCUAUUGUGAUAAUGCAGAAUUCUUUUAGUCAAACUAUGUAUGUCAAAUGUUUAUAAACAUUGGUAUUGUGUGUGCAUAUUUUUUACGAAAAGAAAUUUGAUUAAAAAUGCUUGCCUUUAUGCACCACGUUACCUUUAAACUUACAACAGAAAAAGAACAUGUAAAUAUGCAGUCUAGUUAAUAGUUGUUUAAGAUUUGUGGUGAUGUUGUAAUAUCAAAAAAAAUAUAUAUACAUAAGUAUAAAAUCUAAUAAAAAACAUUUAAAAAUA